AUGAAUUCCAUUGUUCUCGUCGUUCUGUGUUUUCCCAUAUUAGUUGAGGCUCAGAAUUUCUCCGACAACUCCAAUUCGACAAAAAAUGUUGGUGUUGUUUGCGAUCUGUGUCGCAGUGGAUUUAAUUUGAUUGUGGACAACCUAAGCGUACUGGAGCAUAUAACCGAAAACGACUUGGGUGCUCUGGCAGAUGCUCUCUGUAGUUUGGCCCCUCGGCAGCUACCAAUUGUCGAUGCACUCUGUGUAGUGCUCCGUGACAACAUUAUCGGAGCUCUUGUGAAACUGAUUCAGGGAGAAUGCAAGCAAUGCGAAUUCAUCGCCUCGGCGAUAUCGAACGGAGCGAAUAAUCUCAAGAAUAUCACAGAUGCCGAUAUCAUCGCUCUCGUAAAUCGUGUUUGCGAUUCGGCUUCCAGCGCUUCAAUCAUUGAAAGCGCUUGCGAAGUCGUCAAGAGGAACGUCGUAGAGGAGAUUCAUCGAGUAAUUGAUCUAGUGGAGAAGAAUGCUGAUCCAUUGACGAUUUGCAAACAAUUAAUGAUGUGUUAA